UUAAAGAGAAAGUGCUGUGGACAGCCAUCACCCUCUUUAUCUUCUUAGUAUGCUGCCAGAUUCCCCUGUUUGGCAUCAUGUCUUCAGACUCAGCUGACCCUUUCUACUGGAUGAGAGUGAUUCUAGCCUCUAACAGGGGCACGCUGAUGGAGCUGGGCAUCUCUCCCAUUGUCACCUCUGGCCUUAUCAUGCAACUCUUGGCUGGUGCCAAGAUCAUUGAAGUUGGUGACACUCCCAAAGACCGAGCUCUCUUCAACGGAGCCCAAAAGUGCAUGGAGUUUGAAGGUGCCAUCAUCGCGCUCUUCCACCUGUUGGCCACACGCACGGACAAAGUCCGAGCCCUGAGAGAGGCCUUCUACCGCCAGAACCUCCCCAACCUCAUGAACCUGAUUGCCACCAUCUUCGUCUUCGCCGUGGUCAUCUACUUCCAGGGCUUCCGGGUGGACCUGCCCAUCAAGUCUGCGCGCUACCGUGGCCAGUACAACACCUACCCGAUCAAGCUCUUCUACACCUCCAACAUCCCCAUUAUCCUGCAGUCCGCUCUGGUGUCCAACCUCUACGUCAUCUCCCAGAUGCUGUCUGCACGCUUCAGUGGCAACCUGCUGGUCAGCCUGCUGGGCACCUGGUCUGACACAUCCUCCGGGGGACCAGCACGUGCUUACCCAGUUGGUGGCCUGUGCUACUACCUGUCCCCUCCGGAGUCGUUCGGUUCUGUGCUGGAAGACCCGGUCCAUGCAGUAGUGUACAUCAUAUUCAUGCUGGGCUCCUGCGCCUUCUUCUCCAAGACCUGGAUCGAGGUCUCCGGCUCCUCCGCCAAAGAUGUUGCAAAGCAGCUGAAGGAGCAGCAGAUGGUGAUGCGGGGCCACCGAGAGACAUCCAUGGUCCAUGAGCUUAACCGGUACAUCCCCACGGCCGCAGCCUUCGGUGGGCUCUGCAUCGGGGCCCUCUCAGUCCUGGCCGACUUCCUGGGUGCCAUCGGGUCUGGAACUGGGAUCCUGCUGGCAGUCACCAUCAUCUACCAGUACUUUGAGAUCUUCGUGAAGGAACAGAGCGAGGUUGGCAGCAUGGGCGCGCUUCUGUUCUGAGUAGGAGGCCGCUUGAGCUGCCAGAAGGAGCCCCACCGCAGAGGGUGCUGCUGUGGCAUACAGACUAAUGUUUAAUGAUGACUUUUUAAUUUCAUAUUCUUUCAUUCCACUGUGUAAAGUGCUAGAAAUUUUCCAAUUUGAAAUUUUGCUUUUAGUUUUCCGCCAUUGGCAAAAAAAACUAUAGAAGGGAAGUGUUUGUCAGCUGGCCACCGGAGCCAGGGUGGUAAGCAACUGUCCCCAACUGUCCAUGUCACUUUUGUCUGAACCUUCACAGCUCCGGGGGUCCCCACUAUCCCCCACACGGGUGGGCAGUGUCCCAUUCCGGUUGGAAGCACAAACUGAAACACCUUCAGGGCAAUGCUGGAGCGGCGUGUGUGGCCUCUGGGGACGUGGACAUUGGAUCCCCGUCUGUCUCCAUUGUCCCCUGGGAGGCUGGCUUAAGACUGUUCUGUCCAAGACUCCACUGUCCCUUUUCUAAGGUCUUCAGGUAGAGCUCAGAGGUGCACAGUCUCUGGAACUCACUGCACCGCCAUGGGUCCUUCGAACAGUGCACCAGGAGGGCUGCCUGGUCCUACUGCUGCCUGUUGUGCUGUCUCCUAGUGGCUGCGCUCACUGCUCCCCUCCGUCCCUAGGGAGGGGAGCCACUGUAGCCGCGCCAGACCCAGAAGGGAAAGGCUCAGGGUCCAAGCCACUUCCGCCUCCCACUCGUGUUUUAGAAUCUCUUUUUGCUCAUAUGCAGGUAAGCAGAUGACAAGACACCACCAGUCUCCUUGCCUUCACCAGGGCCAUGAGCGGGGACAGGUGUGCAGGUGGGGUGAGGGCCCAGUCAAUCGGGGGGUUUCCUGGGAACAUUGCUGCAGUUUGAAGACUCACAAUUAUGUUGGAAGUAAGCUCUGUCUAGGAGGACAGUCGACAGAUGACAGGGUAAAGCCUCUGGCCUCAGGGAGGCCCUCUUAGGAGGGGAACAGAGGCUCUGGGCUGACUCUGGGCUCUAGAUGCAGGUGGGACCAGGGUACUCGGCACCCUUGUGGCUUCUUCCUGCCCGAGACCUCACUGGCAGUGCUGACUGACAUCAGCACAAGCCAGGGUGGGCAGGGCCCUCCCCGAAGCCAGGACUUAUACCAGUGAUGGCAAACCUACUGCAAGCGUGCCACAGCGGGCUGUUUGUUUCAUUGAAAGCUCUAAAAGGUUUGCCAUCACUGGCUUACACCAUACCACACGCGGCCUUGUCAGACCCAGUCCUGAGCAGCCUGCCCUGUGCCCUGUGCCACUGCAGCCACAGCUGGGCUCACCCCUGUGGUUGGCGGUCAUGGGAUGGGUGGGUGCUGAUCCUGGCUUCCAGGGGACUGUCACUGUGGAUGCCUAAACGGCACAACUGAGAUACAGUGAAUAUGUGACAAAUAAAGCCAACUUUUUACAAGC